UUGGUGCCUACAGGAAGUAAUACAUGCGUCAAAGUGGCUGCAUUGGCUGCUUAAUGAACAGUGAAAGAAAAGGAAAAGACUCUUAAAUUAAUGCUUGAGAAUAUUUUCCCCUCUCGUAUCUGAUAGCAGUCAGUAUAUUUAGUAUUGUUCUGAUCCUUAUAGCUGUACUUAUGGCAAACACGUUGGAUUUCAGGACCCAUGCCGACCAGUCAUGCAGAUAUUCCGAAGAAUUUGUCAACAUUUAUUACGACUGCGUGGAUAAAAAAAGGAGGAACUUGACCCGGCUUUACCUGGACAAAGCGACUUUGGUGUGGAAUGGGAACGUGGUGUCAGGACAGCAUGCUCUGGGCGAGUUUUUUGAGUCGUUGCCUUCGAGCGAGUUCCAAGUUCAAACACUGGAUUGUCAGCCAGUUCACGAGCAAGCAACCCAAGGCCAGACUACACUGCUCGUGGUGACUGGUGGGACAGUCAAGUUUGAGGGGAACAAACAGCGUUUCUUCAACCAGAACUUUCUUCUGACAGCUCAGGCUACACCCAACAACGACCAGCCCGUUUGGAAGAUUGCUAGUGACUGUUUCCGAUUUCAAGACUGGAAUAGCUGAGGCUCUCCCCAUUCCCCUCUAAAAUGUAUGAACACUAGAUGAGUUAGUUUUUCUUUUCUUUUUUGUAAUAAAAUAAAAACACCAUACACCAAUAAUACAAAAAAAAGUUUACUCUUUAAAUGUUGAACAAGGCAUGUGAUCAUAAUGAUGCAUGAUAAUAAAUACAAAUAGGAUCACCAAACAA